AUGCCAACUCCGUUUGUGGAAACUACUCAUCUUGAAGCCUCAAGUACUUUAUUUCCAAAUCCCACACCCCUUGGUUGGAGCGCUUCAAUAUCUAAUCAUCACUCGCCAGAUCUCUCAUUUACGGUUAAUAUGAUGCCGAUUGGGCAUGAUAUGUUGACACUCGUCGAUCCACAUAUGGUUAUUCAAUCUUUAACGGGAAAGGUGGCUUUGGUGACAGGAGGGGAUUCAGGUAUUGGGAGGUCUGUUUGCUACUUCUUUGCUAAGGAGGGUGCAACCGUAGCAUUUACUUAUGUUAAAGGUGUUGAAGACAUAGAUGCAAAGUACACCUUAGAGAUUAUAAAUGAUUCAAAAAUGAGUUAUGCAGGUGAUCCAAUUGCAAUACCUGCUGAUCUUAGGUAUGAUAAGCAAUGUAAGAAAGUUGUAGACGAGGUUGUUUCAAAAUAUGGACGCAUUGAUGUACUGGUGAACAAUGCAGCCGUGCAGUACGCAACAUAUACAUUAGACAACAUCACGGAAGAAAGGCUUGAAAGGAUAUUUAGGACUAAUAUAUUCUCCUAUUUCUUCAUGACAAGGCAUGCUAUAAAGCACAUGAAACCAGGAAGCAACAUCAUAAACACCACUUCGGUGUUGGGAUUCACAGGCAACGCAAAGCUUAUUGAUUAUGCUUCAACAAAGGGGGCCAUUAUGAACUUCACCAAGAGUCUAGCAAUAUUCCUUAUUGACAAGAAGAUUCGUGUUAAUGGUGUGGCCCCUGGCCCUAUUUGGACCCCACUUACUGCAACUCUCGAUGACGAGGAUAUAGCAACCUUUGGCUCACAAGCACCGAUGAAUAGGGCAGCUCAACCCGUCGAAGUAGGUUCAUCAUAUGUGUUCCUCGCAUCCGAGGAUGCUUCCUACUAUACUGGCACAUUUCUUCAUCCCGAUGGUGGAGAACUCGACAAAAAUGCUAUUCCUAGGGUCAACAACAACAAGAAUUCUGAAAACCCAUAACAAAACUGGAUGAUGGGAGAUUCUGACAUAAAUGGGGUGAAGCAUAAUGUAGUUAGCGCAUAAUUAUGUUUUGUGUACCGGAAAAAAUGACGUUUUUAUUUAAAAUAUGAUGUUAUGGAACAUCAAAAAUGCAAUUCUCGAGAGCUUUACAGAACUCUUGAAAUAAAAGGCUAAUGUUUUGACUUGCGAGCUAUCAAGAGAG